CGCGUCAACUGUCGCGAAACAAACCACUACAACAACAGUACAACAAGAGCCGCGGGAGUGUGACACGCAUGUUAAUGCUAACAGCGGUAAGAAACGAAGUCAAGGGUCCGUUUUUCGGACGGUAGAGCCCGAUGUUAAGGACGUAACGAAAAAUGGAGUCGAUCCAGACUGUUCUGGUCACCGGAGGCUCCGGCUUCAUCGGCUCUCACCUGGUAUGCGCCCUGCUCACCGCACGCCCCCAGUGGAGGGUCCUCAACCUCGACGUGCUGGACUACUGCUGCAGCCCCCGGAGUCUCAUAAGUGUUCAGCACAUGGACAACUACUGCUUCAUCCAGGGUGAUGUGUGUGACCAGCGUCUGGUCUCUCACCUCUUCAACACCGAGGACAUCGACGUGGUGUUUCACCUGGCCGCCAUGACACACGUCGAGACCUCCUACCUCUGUCCCUCCCUCUUCCAGAGGGUGAACGUGGAGGGUACCCGGGUGGUCCUGGCCGCGGCCCGGGGGGCCGGCCACGCCCUGCGGCGCUUCGUGUACGUCAGCACGGACGAGGUCUACGGGGGCGGCGGCCUGCAGGUGUUUGAUGAAGACAGUCCUCUCAGACCAUCUAACCCCUACUCUGCUACCAAAGCAGCAGCCGAAUGCCUAGUUCAGUCCUACUGGGAUGAGUACAAGUUUCCAGUCAUCGUCACCAGAAGCAACAAUGUUUAUGGACCCAGGCAGUACCCAGAGAAGGUCAUUCCAAGAUUCGUGUCCCUCCUGCAAGCCAACAAGAAAUGCACCAUCCAGGGCUCCUCCCCCAAGUCCCGGCACUUCCUGUACGUGGACGACGUCAUCGAGGCCUUCCUAUUGGUCCUCGCCCAGGGGGUGGUGGGCGGAGUCUACAACAUGGGCGUCGGCCAUGAGGUGCCCAUCCUCCAGCUGGCCAGGGAGCUGGUCACGAUGAUUCAGGAUGUUCCGGAAACGCAACUGAGCGACUGGCUUGACUUUGUGCCUGACAGGCCGCGGCUGGAGCUCCGCUACCCAAUUAGCAGCGAGAAGCUCCGGGGGCUGGGCUGGAGGCCGAGGGUCCCCUGGACGGAGGGGCUCCGCAGGACAGUCGAGUGGUACAAAAGCAACCCAGACUUCUGGCCGGGCGAGUCCGAAGACCGCGGGAACGGGACCGGCAUUAUCACCUCUGAUUCAUGAUUUAGGAUUCAGUGUUUCUUACUUCAUCAGAAGGAAGAUGAGCUUUAUCUGACUCAACUCAAAAAAGCAGCAAGUUCGAUUCUACAUGUGUUUUUACCAAGUCAUUCAAGAAAGGGUUUUUAUAUUUAUACAUUUUUCCAAAGGCGAUAUAUUAUACCACCAGAUGUGAGUGAGACCAGGUCCGAACCUCCUGGAAACUGACUUAUGAAGUCGGCAAGAUAUCUAGGCGGACACGCCCACUUGUGAUGUCAGAAGAGUCCGAUCACUCAUAACAAACAAUACGGUUCGUCACCUUUAAGGAAUUCACAGAUGCUUUGUAGUUCAAACUGAACAUUUUACUUUUGGGCCAAAACCUUGGGGCCAGUUUUAUCUGAAUAAUUGCCUGACGGGAACUUAUAAAGAAUACAAAGAAAUGUCUGGGUUUUGAUUCAUAUAGUUUGAUUACAUUGUAAAGACUAUUUUUGUACUGUAAAAUAAUUGCAUUCCGUUUGUGGUUGACAAAAAUAAACACAAAAUUAAUAACUGACAGAAUUGAUCGUUAUGUGACGAACUUAAUAGAAAAAAGACAAACCCAUACGUUACAUUUUCAAAACCAAACCUUUAAUUAUAAAAUGAUAAAACACGCACAUAUUUAAGUGUUGCACAGAGGGCUAAACUAUUACAUCAAGCACUAAUCUACGAAGGGGGCGCUUAUUUUGGUGGCCUGUGCCUCCCUGGAGGCGGGCAAGUCUGAUCGACUGACAUUUAUAAAUAUUAAAAGGUGACAUAUUACACCACCAGGUGUGAGUGAUGGACACACUCAAAACAUGGAACAGCUUUAGGUUGAGGGUUUUAAUUGAGCACGCCUAGCAAAAUGAAUCCUUGUCUUUGUUUGCUAUCCUGCUGUAGUGUCUUUGCAAUUUUUUCAUUUGUCUAUUUGUCAGUGCACAUUACAUACACAAUUAUCACAGUCCAUGCCAUAACAUUUUGUGUAGAUGUGUUGCAUAGGUUUCAAGCCUGUUGGCUAAUUUGUAACCCCAGUACCCGGUCAGGCAAACCUAAUAGAUACUCCAAAUAUAAUUUUUCAAAGAACUACAUAGUAGUGUGAGUUAGUCAUGCAGCCGAUGUCACGAUCAACAUUUCAGAUUAUAUCCGGUUGAAGUAUCGGUGUUUGCUAUCCGGCUGUAGUUACUGAUGUAGUUUGUGUGUUCACUAUUCUAGUUUAGUUUGUGUGUUUGCUAUCCUUAUAUAGUUUAGAUGCUGGCUAUCCGGCUGUAGUUACUUGUCUAGUUCCCGUAGACUUCGCCCAACCCCCGGCCUUAACAUGAGCGAACACCAACACACGAAAGGCCCCCAAAAAAGAUGCAAAUGACAUCAAAGUAUCAACAGAUCCACAUGUUUAUUUAUUUGUGUUACAAAGACUAUAAAGAUCGCCACUUGCCAGACAUUCACAAGAGUGUAGGGGAAGGAAAAAAAAAACA